AUGGAUACCAAAGGCCGACUCAUUGCUGGUUCUCACAACAGAAAUGAGUUCGUCCUAAUCAAUGCUGAUGAGGUUGCAAGAGUGACAUCUGUGAAAGAGUUGAGCGGGCAAAUUUGUCAGAUCUGUGGGGAUGAGGUAGAAGUCACCGUUGAUGGAGAGCCAUUUGUUGCGUGUAAUGAAUGUGCCUUUCCAGUUUGUAGACCUUGCUAUGAAUAUGAAAGAAGAGAGGGCAAUCAAGCUUGUCCUCAGUGCAAAACUAGAUACAAGCGUCUCAAAGGCAGUCCUCGGGUUGAAGGCGAUGAAGAAGAAGAUGAUAUUGAUGAUCUUGAGAAUGAGUUUGACAUUGCAAACAAGGAUCCCAACAGUUUAUCUGAGGCAAUGCUCUAUCCUCACCUCGCUGUCGGUCGUGGUUCUCACGCUCAUGGUUAUGGAAAUACGGGUUCCGACCUCGACUCAUCCGUUCCGACUGAUAUCCCUCUCCUCACCUAUGGCCAAGAGGAUGCUGGAAUUUCCUCCGAUAAGCACGCUCUAAUUAUUCCUCCUUUUAUUAGCCGUGGGAAAAAGGUCCAUCCAGUGCCAUUCACUGAUUCUCCCAUGUCCGCCAAUCCAAGGCCUAUGGAUCCGAAAAAGGAUUUAGCUGUGUACGGAUAUGGAACUGUUGCGUGGAAGGAACGAAUGGAGGACUGGCGGAAGAAACAAAAUGAAAGGCUUCAAGUGAUUAAGCAUGAAGGUGGAGGUGGAAAAGGCGACGACGAGUUUGACGAUACAGAUUUGCCUAUGAUGGAUGAAGGGAGGCAACCACUUUCUCGAAAACUGCCUAUCUCCUCGAGCAAGAUCAAUCCAUACAGAAUGAUAAUUGUACUUCGUAUUGUCAUCCUUUGCCUCUUUUUCCACUAUCGUAUCCUCCACCCUGUCUAUGAGGCGUAUGGUCUGUGGUUAACAUCAGUAAUAUGUGAGAUAUGGUUUGCUGCAUCAUGGAUAUUGGAUCAGUUUCCGAAAUGGUGCCCCAUUGUCCGAGAAACUUACCUUGAUCGGUUAUCGUUAAGAUAUGAAAAAGAUGGCAAGCCAUCUGAGUUGGCUUCUAUAGACAUUUACGUCAGUACGGUGGAUCCAUUGAAGGAGCCUCCUCUCAUCACAGCGAACACCGUCCUGUCUAUCCUUGCUGUUGAUUAUCCGGUAGACAAGGUUUCAUGCUACGUUUCAGAUGAUGGUGCUGCCAUGCUUACUUUUGAAGCCCUUUCGGAAACUUCUGAGUUUGCAAGAAAAUGGGUUCCUUUCUGCAAGAAGUUCAAUAUUGAACCUCGAGCCCCAGAGUGGUAUUUUGCCCUGAAGGUUGACUAUCUGAAAAACAAAGUUGAUCCGACAUUCGUCAGGGAACGACGUGCAAUGAAGAGGGACUAUGAAGAAUUUAAAGUUCGAAUCAAUGGGCUUGUUGCCAUGGCUCAAAAAGUUCCGGAAGAUGGAUGGACAAUGCAGGAUGGAACACCAUGGCCCGGGAACAACGUCAGGGAUCAUCCUGGAAUGAUUCAGGUAUUCCUUGGUCAAAACGGGGUUCGUGACUUGGAGGGAAAUGAAUUACCUCGUCUUGUAUAUGUAUCUCGUGAGAAGAGGCCGGGAUUUGAUCACCACAAGAAAGCCGGUGCCAUGAAUGCUCUGGUGCGUGUCUCGGCAAUCAUCUCCAACGCUCCAUACAUUUUGAAUGUCGAUUGUGAUCACUACAUCAACAACAGCAAGGCACUUAGAGAAGCUAUGUGCUUCAUGAUGGACCCAAUUUCUGGAAAAAGAAUAUGCUAUGUGCAGUUUCCACAAAGAUUUGAUGGGAUUGAUAGGCAUGAUCGAUACUCAAAUCGCAAUGUUGUGUUCUUCGAUAUCAACAUGAAAGGAUUAGAUGGCAUUCAGGGGCCGAUUUAUGUCGGAACUGGGUGUGUCUUCAGGAGGCAAGCUCUUUAUGGGUAUGAUGCCCCUGCCAAGAAGAAAGCACCAAGAAGGACUUGUAAUUGUCUGCCAAAAUGGUGCUGCUGUUGCUGUGGAACUAGAAAGAAGACUAAACCAAAGACCAGUGAUAAAAAGAAGUUAAAGACCAAAGAUGCGUCGAAGCAGAUUCACGCUCUCGAAAAUAUCGAGGAAGGUAUUGAAGGAAUAGAUAAUGAGAAAUCAUCACUGAUGCCCCAAGUUAAGUUUGAGAAGAAGUUUGGGCAAUCACCAGCAUUCAUUGCUUCCACCCUUAUGGAAGACGGUGGCGUGCCUGGAGGCGGGACAUCUGCUUCGUUGUUGAAAGAAGCCAUCCACGUAAUCAGUUGUGGUUAUGAAGAUAAAUCCGAGUGGGGUAAAGAGGUAGGGUGGAUCUAUGGGUCUGUUACAGAGGAUAUUUUAACAGGUUUCAAGAUGCAUUGUCAUGGAUGGAGAUCAGUUUAUUGCAUUCCUAAAAGGCCAGCAUUCAAGGGUUCAGCUCCUAUUAACUUGUCCGAUCGUCUACACCAAGUUCUUCGGUGGGCUCUUGGAUCUGUCGAAAUUCUUUUAAGCAGGCACUGUCCAAUAUGGUAUGGAUAUGGAUGUGGUUUGAAAUGGCUCGAGCGUUUCUCGUACAUAAACUCCGUUGUUUAUCCAUUGACAUCGAUUCCAUUGAUUGCUUAUUGUACCCUGCCCGCUGUCUGUCUGCUUACCGGGCAAUUUAUCGUCCCUGAGCUAAGCAACUAUGCGAGUAUCAUUUUCAUGGCCCUUUUCAUAUCUAUAGCAGCAACUGGUAUACUAGAAAUGCAGUGGGGAGGUGUUGGGAUUCACGAUUGGUGGAGAAACGAGCAGUUCUGGGUUAUUGGUGGUGCAUCGUCCCAUCUUUUUGCGCUUUUCCAGGGUCUGCUAAAGGUUUUGGCUGGUGUUAACACAAAUUUCACAGUCACGUCGAAGGGAGGAGACGAUGGGGAGUUUUCGGAGCUUUACCUCUUCAAAUGGACAUCGUUGUUGGUCCCUCCCUUGACCUUAUUGAUCAUAAACAUCAUCGGAGUAGUCGUCGGAAUUUCAGAUGCCAUCAACAAUGGUUACGACUCAUGGGGCCCGCUCAUCGGUAAGCUUUUCUUUGCAUUCUGGGUUAUUGUCCAUCUGUAUCCAUUCCUCAAGGGUUUGAUGGGGAAGCAAGACAAGGUGCCAACCAUUAUCAUUGUGUGGUCAAUUCUUCUAUCAUCCAUCUUGUCACUUUUAUGGGUCCGAAUCAACCCGUUCCUCGACAAGGGUGGCAUUGUAUUGGAAGUCUGUGGGUUAAACUGUGACGACUAAGAUAAUGCCAAAACAUACACGAAAAUGAACGGUUGAGCGUGGGGACUAUAAACUGGUCUCGAACAUGCGUCGAAUAGAAUACGGUAAUGGUACUCGUACUCGUACUGGGGCCGAGAUUGUGAAGUAUGAGUGUCGAGUGAAGAAAGAUGAGUUGCAAGAAAAUGGGUGCUGCUUGUCCUGGAUUAUUAUUGUAGAUAUGGAGGGGAUUCGCAUAUCACAGAUGAUCAAAUAUUUGUUGUCUCUGCAGACGUUUUUUUGUCAUUCAUUCUUUUCUUGUUCUAUACAAGGGUUUUUUAUUUUUGUGGAAGAGACUGUAAUUUAUAUAUCUUUGUGUCUUUGUGUCUGUGAAAUCCAAGAGAGCACAUAAACAUAAGAACAAGGGACUUCUUCCUGUUCAUCAUAAAUUUUAUCCCUUUCUCAAUAAGGGACUUUUCGUUCCCUUUUUGGUGGUUUUGUCGAAGAUUAUUGUCGUCGUCGUUGUCGUUGUUGUAUCUUUGUUGUUUGUAAAUCUCUCUUAGGGUUCUGUUCUUUCUUUGUGGUUUCAUUUUUAAGCUCUCCAAUUCUGCGUUCUUGUAAUCACAAUAAUUUUGGUUGCCAUUUUAAUGCAAUAAUGAAGGACUUCCUUGCA